AUCAUUGUCCAUCAUGCUUGACCAAUUGGGUUAAAUCCCACGUGGCCUUCUAUGUGCCUUUGCUUUAUCUUUCAGUGCGGCGUGGUCGGUUCCAUUCCCGCAUCUUCCUUUUCCAAGCUGCGGACUUAGCGUCUUCACCAAAUUUUAUUCUUUGCUAUCAAAGCAAAGCCAAGUUUGGAACCUCGUUAUAUACUAUAGUUCUACCUCAGCAUCAAAAGCAAGAUACUAGGAGUUUCAUUGUUAAAGGUGGAAGAGAAGUGCUACCAACAAAAAGCCAAAAGAAAACAUUCAACACUGGAAAACAAACAACAACAAUGAGAGAAAUAAGAUGAUUAAUAGUCCAAAAGAAGCAGAAUUUCCUUUGAAACUGGAAGGUCUUUCAAGUGAACAUCAUGAAAAAGCAAAGGCUUCAUCAUCAAGUUCAUCACAAUGGCUAAAACUGAAGGAUCCAAGGAUAGUGCGUGUAUCAAGAGCCUUUGGAGGAAAAGACAGGCAUAGCAAGGUAUGCACAAUAAGAGGACUAAGAGAUAGGAGGGUAAGGCUUUCUGUUCCCACAGCCAUUCACCUUUAUGAUCUUCAAGAUAGGCUAGGGCUCAAUCAACCAAGCAAAGUUGUUGAUUGGUUACUUAAUGCAGCUAAGCAUGAAAUUGAUGAACUACCACCUUUGCCAAUACCUCCAGGGAACUUCACUUUCGGUUAUCCAUCUUUUGGUACUAAUUCUAAUGAAGUUAGCACCACCCCAAGUGAAGGUUCAUGCCAAAAUACUAUCUGGAAGUCAAAACCUAAAGAAGUUUCAAGAGAAAUGGUUACUGAUAAACAAAGUUGGAUAAGAAGAAAUGAAGAGGAUGAUAAACAAGGAAGCAAUAAUGAUUGUCUUGGUUCACAUGUUAUGCCAAAUAAUUAUCUUUUACCAAAAGCAAAUCAUCCUUCUUUCUUAGGCUUGUUCAACACUAUGCCACUUGGUUACCAUUGGGAGCCUAACUCAGCUGAAGUUCCUCAUUUGGCAAACCAUGGAUUUGUAAACCAAACAGAUAUACACAACAUUAAUGGUGUGCCUUUCCCAUCAACAUUGUCUUUAUCAACUGGGAGUACUUCUCAGAUAUACACAGCAACACAGUCAUAUUUUCCUUCACAGGUUGCAGCAAUUGAGAUGGAUCCAAGACAAAUUAAUCACUAUCAGAUGCUGAGUUCAAGUUCUCAAAAUCUCUUGACUAAUUCUCUCAAUCCAUCUCAACAUCUCAUGAAUCAAUCAGGGAAACACUUCAACUUGGGUAGGAUGAUGACUCCUAAACUUUUCCAUUCACCAAACAGCAGUGAAAGCCAUUCCCAUAAAGAUCAGGAUUUUCCUUCCAAGUGAUCAUACACAAAUAAUACAAAGGUUAUUAUCUAAAUUCUCCUCCUCACAAAACAUGCAUGGAUCAUGAGGACUGUGAGAAGAGUUCACUAGUUACAAUGAUAUUGUACGUUGUGGGGUUUGAAUAAUCAUUCAGUUUUUGUUAAUUCAUGUUUGAUUUUAUGCUUUUUCCUGCUUUUAUAGGUAUAAACCUUGAAUUUUCCAUUCAGUAUGAAUCUAUAUGCCAUGCAAAGUGCUACAAAGAAUGCCAUGAAUCUAUCCGGAUGUUGGAAUUAAAUUUAUAUUUUGAUAGUGCCUCUGGGAUUUAUUUGCUGAACAUCUUAUGUGUUUGAAUAAGAAAGGAUUCUC